GACUGGUCAACAAAGGCACGUGAUUCCCGAACGCUCUCCCAUAUUUGGCCGCAUACCUGGCAAAGUACAGUAGGGCUUCAUUGCUUAUAAUUCAUGAUUGCAUCCAUAAAUCGUGCAAGCACACAGGAUUAUAGCGACAAAGAUCUACAAAUCGAGGCUUUAAAAAUCCAAGCAAAUGAGCUCUUACUUUGUAAACUCGUUCUCAGGGCGCUAUCCAAAUGGCUCCGACUAUCAGUUACUAAAUUAUGGGACUAACGGCGCUGUGAACGGCUCCUUCAGAGACCCUGGCACCAUGCAUUCCGGGUCUUUCGGCUACAACUACAAUGGCAUGGACCUAACCGUGAACCGCACCAACAACGGCGGCCACUUCGGUGCGGUGAGAGAGGAUGCCCGGGGAUUCGAGCCGGACGCCCGCUACAGACAGACUCCCAACUGCUCGCUCUCGUCUCCAGAUCCGGUGCCGCCGUCGUGCGCCACGGCCAGCCGGGAGCAGCUGGAACUAAAAAGCCCCUCUCCUCCAUCUGACCGGAGCUCGACCUCCAGCGGUAACAACCUCAACAAAAACAACAACGCUCAUUUCACGGAGAUAGAGGACGCCACGGUCGCCUCUGAGACCGAGGAGGGCGCGCACAGCAGCGGGGGCACCAGCUCGGCUCCUCGGGCGCAGCAGCACCAGGACCUCAACGCCACCUCUUCCACUCCCACGUCAAAUGAUUGCCAAUCCCCACAAAUAUUCCCCUGGAUGAGGAAACUGCACAUAAACCAUGAUAUGACUGGACCGGAUGGGAAAAGGGCCCGAACCGCGUACACCCGGUACCAGACGCUAGAGCUGGAGAAAGAGUUUCACUUCAAUAGGUACCUAACCAGGCGGCGGAGGAUAGAGAUAGCCCACGCCCUGUGUCUUUCCGAAAGACAGAUCAAAAUAUGGUUUCAGAACCGCAGGAUGAAGUGGAAGAAGGACAAUAAACUGAAAAGCAUGAGUCUGGUGACAGGAGGCAGCGCCUUCCACAACUGAAUAACUUUUUUUGGGGGAAAGUGAAACAAAAAAUAAUUAUAAUAAUUCAGAAAAAAUAAAUGAUAAAAAAAGAAUCCAUGAGUACUGUAAAGCUAUUUGGAAGCGCAGCACCUUUCAGCAUGCUAUUGUGAUAGAAAAAUAAGUAUCCUGUGGUCUUUAAAAAAUGCCAUUUUUAGUUCUGUUGUUGUACUAUGAUAUAGCUUAGAUGUGGAAAAUAAGAUGUAAAUAUUAUUGGGGGUAUUAAUUGUCUCUCUGUCUCUCUUUCUAUCUAUCAUUCCCUCCCUCCUCACUCUUUCUUGAAGGUGUUUCAACUUGAGCUCUUUAUUGUGACUUCUUCACGGUCUAACAGGAGUAAAUUCAUUGUACAGUUAAAAAAAAAAAAGUUUCCAAACCAUAUGCUGCUCUUCAUUGAAUGUAAACCUAAUGUAUUCCGGGGCCAUUCAAAGCGCUUUAGUGUAAGUUUUACUGCUAUUUUUGAUCUUGUGGCCAACAUCCAUUCAAGCCAAUUGUGUAGCUUUAGGAAUAUUUUGUGCAACUCUUAUUGUUGUUGUUAUUAUUAUUAUUAUUAUUAUUAUUAUUGUUUAGGAUAAUUAUUGAGCAAUGCAAAUGUAUUCAACCUGUCAAUGUGAUCAAUUUUUUUGUGCAAAGGGUUAUUCUGUGGAUAGGCAAGUGAUGUAAGCUUUUUUCGCCAAUAAGCUUUUUGUAUUUGUAAGUGAACUCAUAGCGCUUGGAAAUAAAAGUUUCUCAAUUCAAA